AUGACAACCACUCACGACCACACCAAUCUCUUCACAACCCUCCCUCCAUAUCCAAACGAAAUCCCUUUCACGGAUUUCGACCUCGACCUCGACCUUGACUUCAAUGACGUAUACGCACCGGGCAUGCUCGAGUCCCAAGCGCAGCAGCAUUGGGACUUGGACCACUUAGGCAUGCCGGGAAAAUGUUCGAGUUCGGGUGUUUUCCCCGUGCCGAAUGACUUUGGGUUAAAUUAUCCGGUGGAUUUGGUGGAGUUGGGAGGGAUGGGGUUGGGAUUGUUUGAGGGGGAGGGGGAAGUUAGUCACCCCCAAGACCAAAAUACUACAACAACAACAACAACAACAACAACAACAACAACACUAAACACACUCCUCCUCUCAACCUCCUACCAAGCCACGCAACGAGCCCUGUACAUGACCACACCCACCACCCCGACAAGUCCCCACCAAAUCUACUCCCCUUCGUCCCCCUCGCCAACCUCACCAACGAGCUCCCACAACCCCGACUCAAUUUCCAAUAGCGAUACUGAUAGUAUCUCCUUCGGACCGCGGACACCCCCUCCUCAAACUCCAAUUUACAAUUAUAAUUACAAUCUCGAUUCCAAAUCCAGAAAACGGAAAGUAUCAACCGAAAUAGACCUAGACUCGGGGAUCCACCAUAACCACCACACAUACAAUAAUUCCACAAGACAUUCACAAUCGGGUGGUGGUGGCGGGGAGCUCGGCGUUUUGACCGAGGAACAACUGGAUCAUUACCACAACCACAACCACAACCAACAAAUCGCCUUCUACCCGAGUCAUUCUACUCCUCCUAGUGGGAACAACCCGAAACGCCGACGUUCUUCCGUUCAAUCACAGCCCCAAUCUCAAUUACAACUCCAAUCUCGAUCUCGAUCUCAAUCUCAAUCUCCAACACAAUCUCAGUUCCAAGAACAGGAACAGGAACAAGAACAAGAACAAGAACAAGAACAAGAACAAGAACAAGAAAUAUUCACACCCCUGGAAAUGCCCGAUGGCAGUACACGCUUCACCUCAAACUGGUUACCGGUUGACCCAUCCGGCGGAUUUACAAUUUGUCCUGAUCCGCUGGCUGGGGUUAUGGGGGAGGCGUUUGUGAGUGUUGGUAGUUGA